AUGUGUGUAUAACUCUUCAUACAGAUGAGGGGUGGGAGUCACGCUCUCUUUGACGUAGUCUCACACCUGCUCGGUUUCCAUAGCGCGCGUUAUUGCGCAACACGUUGGUUGAUUCGCUCCGUUCGGCCUUGACGCGAACGCACUCGACUCGGUUCGGUUCAAUUCGGCUCCGACAAAAGCACCGAAGUCUUCGCUUCUUCCUCCCACACUCGGGAGAGAUCACGGACGGACAGGUGCAUGCGCAUUCCUCGUUCCCGGGCAGUUCGGGAUGCUGCUGGUGCUGAUGCUGCUGGCGGACGCGCAUCACCAGUAUCACUGAAAGCGCAACGGACUUCUCGAGCAGAAGCGGCUCCGAACCUCUAGAACACACAUCGAAUGAACUGCCAGCUUCACGGAGCAUCUGAUCCCAGAUUAGGCGAUGACAUCUGUUAAAAGACCGUUUUCGUGGGAACCGCGAUUAACAUGCAGUGAAGCUCAUGCGUGAUUUGCCAUCGGUAAUGUGUCCGAAUCCGAGCAGCCAGUGAAUGGACACAGCUGUCCAUCCGGAGCUCUUCAUUUUCCGCUCCGUCAUCGCCGAUCUUUAACUCGGACUCUUUAAUCUGGAUAUGUUGAAAGGCAAGUAAGGAUGGAUGGGAUUAUUAAUAUUCUGGGGGUCCUGACGCUCGUUUUCGAGGGCAUCUGGUGCCAGGGAGUGUAUGCGCCCCCUACUGUGCGUAUUGUGCACUCAGGUCACGCCUGUAACGUUGAAGAAGAACGCUUCUCGGAGAGAGUCUACACCAUCCGUGAGGGCGAGACCCUUGAACUCACCUGCCUGGUCACCGGACAUCCACGGCCACAGAUCCGAUGGACCAAGACCGCAGGCAGCGUUUCCGAUCGCUUCCAGGACUCCAGCGUAUUCAACGAAACUCUUCACAUUGCCAAAAUCCAGAGACAUCAGGGUGGACGAUAUUACUGCAAGGCCGAGAACGGACUGGGUUCACCGGCCAUAAAGUCCAUUAGAGUUGAUGUCUAUUAUCUGGACGAUCCGAUGGUGACGGUUCAUCAGAGCAUCGGCGAAGCUAAAGAACAGUUCUACUAUGAGAGAACGGUGUUCCUGCGCUGCGUGGCCAACUCCAACCCUCCCGUCCGCUACAGCUGGCACAGAGGACGAGAUGUUCUCUCUCAAGGCUCCGAUAAGGGCGUGGAGAUCUACGAACCCUUUUUUACUCAGCAGGGGGAGACGAAAAUCCUGAAGUUGAAGAACCUGAGACCCAAGGACUACGCCAACUACAGCUGUAUCGCCUCCGUCAGGAACGUGUGCGGCAUCGCUGACCGCCGAGUCGUCUUCAGACUGACCAAUAAAACAGCGUCUCCCUCCAUCAAGCUGCUGGUGGAGGAUCCUAUCGUGGUGAACCCUGGACAGACGGUAUCUCUGGUGUGUAUCACCACGGGUGGAGAACCCACACCAGUCCUGACGUGGACCAGCAGCUCGGGCGCUCUACCCGAGAAGAGUCUGGUGAAGGACGGCACUCUCACCCUGCCGGCCAUCUCCUCAGAGGACGCCGGCGUCUACAGCUGUUUGGCCAGCAAUAAUGUGGGCAACCCGGCCAAAAAAUCCACAACCAUUAUCGUGCGAGCAUUGAAGAAGGGCCGUUUCUGGAUCACUCCCGACCCGUACCACAAUGACGACAACAUCCAGAUCGGCCGCGAGGUGAAGAUCUCCUGCCAGGUGGAGGCCACGCCCCCCGAGGAGCUCGUGUUCAGCUGGCUGAAGAACGGUCGGGCCCUGCGGAGUUCAGAACGCAUGGUCAUCACCCAGACCGACCCCGACAUCUCCCCUGGAACCACCAACCUGGACAUCAUCGACCUCAAGUUCACCGACUUCGGCACCUACACCUGUGUCGCGUCGCUGCGGGGCGGCGGGAUUCCAGAGAUCAGCAUCGACGUCAACAUCUCAUCCACCACUGUCCCUCCUCUGUUUUUCUCUUUCUUAGUUCCUCCGAACCUGAGCGUGCCGCGGGGGAAGUCCCCGCUGGUGGCGCGGGAGGGCGACACUAUGGAGUUGGAGUGCCUUGUUUCAGGGAAACCCAAACCCAUCAUCCUGUGGUCCCGGGCCGAUAAGGAGGCGCCCAUGCCGGAUGGCAGCAUGCAGAUGGAGAGCUACGACGGCGUGCUGCGGAUCGUGAACGUGUCGCGGGAGAUGACCGGAUCGUACCGCUGUCAGACCAGCCAAUACAACGGCUUCAACGUGAAGCCGCGGGAGGCCGUCGUCGAGCUGAUAGUGCAGUAUUCGCCCGCUGUGGAGCCGGUUUGGCAGGAGGUCCGGCAGGGUUUGGGACGUCCGGUGGCGAUGACCUGUCGCGUGUUGCGGGCGCAUCCGUCACGCGUGUUGCGUUACGAGUGGAGGCUUGGCUCUCGACUGCUGCACGCCGGACAUUUUGACUCGCGAGACGAGACCGAAUACACCAUACGCAGCCUCGCUCGAGAGGGCUACGGCGAGUACACCUGUGAUGUCAUCAACGAGGCGGGGCCAGGUCGCUGUACCUUCCUGGUUACUGGAAAAGCGUACGCUCCUGAGUUUUACUAUGACACAUACAGUCCGCUGUGGCAGAACAGACCGCGCGUUUACGGCUACAAGCUGCAGUGGACACAGAUGAAUCCUAACACUGUGGACCGGAUCAUGGCAUAUCGCCUGGGAAUACGACAGACAGGACAGCAGAGGUGGUGGGAACAGGAGAUUCCGGUGGAUGGAAACAUGCAGAGGGGAGAACUGAUCACUCACAAUCUGACGGAGCUCAUCCGACCCGAGGCGUACCUGGUUCGACUGACGCCCAUCACACGGUUCGGAGAGGGAGACUCUGCCAUCAGGGUUGUUACCUAUAGCGCUCCCAUCAACCCACAUCUGAGGGAGUUUCAUUGUAGUUUUGAAGAGGAUCUCAUCUGCAUGUUCACCCAGGACAAGAACGACGACUUUGAUUGGACGAGACACAGCGCAGCCACCCGUGACACUAAAUACACUCCGAACACGGGGCCCGGCGGAGACCGCAGCGGAUCUAAGCAGGGUUUCUACAUGUACAUCGAGACAUCCAGACCCCGUAAAGAGGGCGACACGGCACGUCUCUUGAGCCCAGCGUUCAACGUCGCCCCCAAAAACCCUCACGGCAUCACCAACCCACCGGUGUACUGCUUCACUUUCUACUAUCACAUGUAUGGCAAACACAUCGGUACACUGAAUGCUUUUGUGAAGCAGAAAGGUCAGUCGAGCUCAGACGCGGGGCCAGUGUGGUCCCUCAGCGGGAAUCAGGGAGAGCGCUGGAGACAAGCCAAAAUUACUAUACAUCCAGUUUCCACUUUCCAGAUCAUUUUCGAGGGAAUUCGUGGUCCAGGGAUCGAGGGCGACAUUGCCAUGGAUGACGUCUCUCUCGUGGAGGGGGAGUGUCCCGACCCUCCGUCCAAUCCUAUCAGAGGAAGAGCUCCACACAGAGUCUUCAGUAUAUGGCCAUUGUGCGUCACACUAUUUUUUACCCUGUUCUUUCGUCAGAGGUGACGUUCCACAUGGGAAAGACUGGAGACGUGUCCCUUAAAAUUUGAUCACCAAAGAUUCAUGCAUUCAGACUGCCGAGAGCUGCAGCGCCGGAUCGACGUGGAAUAAAUUCAUGACACGAGAACAAGCCAACACGGAAAAGUAAUAAAGAUUUGCCAAGGUUUCUCUGAUGAAACGGCAGCGAGUGUUUGAGCACUGACCCGAGAACAGUCUGAAAAGCACAAUGACGACUUCAACAUGCGACUGUAAAGAUUUCCUUGAGAAGAAGCGAGUUUCUUCCAUCCUGUCUGUUACCGGAUCUUUUGUUUGGAUUCAGUUUUCUUUUUCGGGCGACAAAAGGAUGUCACACUCUGCUCCUUCUCGUAUACUUUUACACCGACGUCUGAUUUGGUUUUAUUUUUUGCUUCAAAACGCAAAUAAAACGCUGAUGAAACUUUGCUUUUUACCCCGACACGAGUAGCAGCCUGCAUUCACCACACUGUGCGCACGUUCCCCAGCAGCAGACCGCGACUGCGUCAAUGUUCACCUUCCGUCCCAGAGUUUCUGCCAUUAUAAAAAAGUGCCUUCAGGUUAUAAACCCAUCUGUGAACCUGACCAUCAAACAUCCAUGUUUCUAACAUCAUCUAUGGGCUAUUUUAUACGCGUUUGUAUUGCCCCUCAAGUGCUGGGACACGGAAGACGCAACCGUGAUGGUCGCGUGCGAACAGGCGGCUCGUAUCGACGAUGUUGGGACCUGCGUGAUGCCGGCUGGAUUCUGCCGUGGGAGUCAAUGGCCGCCGAGCGUCACCGAGCCUGCAAUCCAUCUCGACGCUUCUGUAAAGAAAAUCAAGUGAUAAUCAAUAAGGGAAAGCAAAUAGGUUUUGAAAGUAAGAGAUGAGAUCGACCCGGAACUGCAGUUCAUGAAGUCACCUGUCAUUUAUAUACGAUACCGAACGAUGCAGAGAGAGAGAAAAAAACAAAUAUUCAUAAUUAUAAGACUAUUUUAUUACUCUAUCCAGAAUGUGUUUCAGCUUUUACACACAAACUGUGGUGUCGUCUACCUGAGCGCUCGACCAGACGGUUUUUAAUAGCGGUGUUGUAAAAAAACAAACGGAAAGAAAAGAAAAGAUUUACGUACGUUGUGUUAUGAAAAUGUUUUGACAAGCUGUGUCGCGUUAUUUCUUAUUUACGUUGAAAUGUUCGACCGAUCUCUCUCGUCGUUUCCCUUGCAUUGCUGAAAUAUCAAAAACAGACAGAAAUACGCUGCGGCGGUUUGUAAUUGAACACCUUGUGUAUGUGAAGCGGCUCUGUUCAUUGACAUUUAUACGACAUGUGUUCUGUAUGAUUCAAGGAAGCACAAAAAGGAUUCGAUGCAGAUUUUCUUUUACAAAGCAUGUCUGUGACCAUUCCUCUGUGAAGCCGGGUAAAUGAAAUUCAUCUUCGGAAUAGAAAGUGUGUGUAUGAAACACUGUGUCUACACCUGCAUGACAUCAUCACGAGGUUGUGCACGCUGGACUUAUCACGGGUGUGUAGCAUCUCAGCAUCUGCUAACGUGAACCAAUCAGCUGAGGUCACACUUCAAACAAACACGAGUUUGAUUUUAUUCAUAUUAUAGCUGCAAUCUGUAAUAAACAAAAAUAUGUUCAAUGUACAAUAAAAAAAUCAGUGUUGAAAACUGUCCUCUUACUUUACACCGAUUCACAACGGCUUAUGUUAUAAAUGUAGUUUUCUUGUAGGAGUAACCUGCAGUUUUGUUUUAGUGAUGAUGAUAGAGAGGCAAAAGUUACAAAUUGCAGCUUUAAAUUGACAUUUCUGUAUAAAUUGUGUCAUUUAUUACAACGAUGAGACAUUGUUUAUCUAUAGAAAGAAUAUAAUGUAUAGCACACAAAACACACAAAAUUAAUUUCUUUGUGUUUUUGUCUUGUUUUCCAGUAAAUGUCUGAAAAUUCUCAUACGUUUACUUGAGAAGCAAAAUGACCUAACUCUUGGUUUCUGAAAAAUAAUUUUGUUUAUAUUAAGUGUAGUUUUAACAAAAAGUUAUGAAAAUUAUGCUUAAAACAUGCGCAAAUAUUUGUUUAGACACAAAAUCACAGAGACAUUUCUCAAAGUAUCUUCUUUUGUGUUCCACUGAAGAAAGAGUCAAAUACAGUUUUAAAUGACAUGAACGUAAAUAAAUGACAGAAUAUUAGAUUUUUGGGUAAAUUAGAUAAGUAACUGCAAAUGAACCAUAGUAUUUGCAGUAAAACUAUGAUAAUACAAAUGGAAAGCAAUCUGCUAAAUUAAAAUUAAAUGUGAAAUUAAGACUAACUUCAAGUUUAUUUCUCUUAGCCUGUUGGCAAAUAUUUGUGCACGUUUUUUUAGCAUAAACUCACUUAAUUUUUAUGUCUUUUUUCAGAGAACUACUCUUAAGUAUAAAGUAUGUAUUACCUAUAUCUAAAUGUAUCUUGAUUUCAGAAUAUUUAGAAAUAUGUACUGCUGAACAAGACAAAAACUAAAAUGGUAAAAAAUGCUGUAUACUUGAUAGGUAGAGGUAGACGUAAAACUUAAUUCCAGGUUAUUUUUUCUAAAUAAUUUAUCUUGAUUCAAGAAUUUUUGGAUAUUUGUACUGGAAAACAGGCCAAAAAUACGAAGUAGGAAAUUCAUUUCUGCAGCCUAUGAAAUAAUUUCAUACUGUCUGGGAAAUAACAGUGAGCAGAUUAUCUGCAGAAACAGAACGUCUGUAUACUGAGAUCAUAACACAACAGAUAUGUCUUCAGCGUGCACAACACUGUUCAUUAUAUAGAGAGUCAUCUAGUUUUAUGUUGUUGCUAAUGAAGACGGGGUCUGAAGCCUCUGAAUGACCCUCUUUUUACCAAAUUGCAACUAAACGUGUUUCAGUGGUGGUUUCAUAAACAUGUAUUAUUCUCUCAUCGGUGACCGAACGCGAGAGGUUAAGAACCGCCGGUCAUGAAGUGUCUGAUAAUAAUGUACAAUUUCCUUCCAGGUGGCCAAAAAAACAACUUUCAAUUUGUGACCUCUCAGUGAAGCAGCGGGAGGUUAAAGCUACAGGACGCUGAAUGAUGCAGCAUGCAGACAAUUUCCCACUGAUGAUCAUUAUAGUAUGGCUUUCACUGGAACAGGUCACGUAUAUGUGUGCAGGUAUAUGCAGUGUACUAUAGGUCAGCACACGGUGAUGGAAAAACAUGUGAAAUCAGAGUAGAAUGAUUGACGCUCAUAUUUCUCACAGAUGUUCUCUACUGCCAUGUGACAAUGAAAAAUACGCUUCUCUUACAAUAAUCCACAUUGUAUCCUGACAAACCCUACAAAUCAUCAUGACUAAAGUGCUAACCUAUAUUUUAGCGCUUGUUCUGUUGCGUGUUGACAUUCAUUAUUUUAACACUUUUUACUCCCAUGUACAAUCAAUUUUGUCAUUCAGGGCUGGGCAAUAUAUCAUAAUGUCAAUAUAUCCAUAGCUUCUAAAAAAUGGUUGGGUCAAAAUUCAGCCAGAAACUGUUAAUAUUUGACCCAACAACGGAUUAAAACAACCUGCCGUUUUGGGUUGAAACAAACCUAUCGUUUGGCUUUAUCCCUUUUUGUCCCUUUUUCAAUAUUAUGAUGAGGAUUAUGGUUGUUGUAUUUGGCCAUGAUGUUAAUCUGAUGUCAGUUUGAGUUUCACAUUUCUAAUGUCCCUCGUCUUUAACUUAAAGGAAAAGUUCAACUCAGAAUCAAAAUUGUGUUAUUUUUUACUCACCCACAUGACGUUCAACAUGUUUUAAGACCUCCCGGCGUCUUCAGAGCACAAAUAAAGAUAUUUUAAGGACAUCCGAGAGAUUUCCAGGCCUCAUACAGUAGACAUCAUGGUUAUAGUUGUUGUCAAGGUUCAGAAAAGUACUAAAGACAUUGUUAAAUUGGUCCAUCCGCUCAUAGUGGCUCAACUGAAUGUUUUUGAAGCAUCAAGAAUACUUUAUGUGCAAAAAACAAACCAAAAUAACGACUUUGUGUGGCAAACGCCACAUGGCGCAUGACAGUUGUUUUUCGCACAUAAAGCAUUCUCGUCGAUUCAAAAAAAUUCAGUUGAGCCACUAUGAGCGGAUGGACCAAUUUAACGAUGUCUUUAGUACUUUUCUUGAAAAUCUCAUACUAAUCUUAAGUACCUAUACAGUGGUAUUGCAUAGUAUAAUUGCAUGUAAUAGUAUUGCUACUGGAGGCAGGCAGGGGGUCGGAACUACAGCACGAGCACACAAUACAUUAUUGCAUUAAUCCCUUUGUGUUUUUUACAUUAUGCACAUACACGCCAAUUGCCAACAAAACACAGACAUGUGACUUAGUUUGACUUACCGCAUGCGGUUCAUGUCCGCCCUCUUUUAGCACUGGGACCGCGCCAUCUAUCAGUUUCAAAUGAUCUCCAAAUCCAGCGUUAUAUCCAGCGUUUAUAUAACAUCCAUCAUUGAAAUGCCGUUAACAAACAAACACACACCUCUUACUAUCGCAAGAGUAACAAGCUGCAGCUGCAGGCCCACAGCGCAGCCAAUCUUGACGCAGCGCAGCCAAUCUUGAUAAGCGGGUCUAAUUAUCGCUCGUUGGUUGGCGCGUGGGCGGGCUCUUUCUUUCGCCUUGCUGUGGGCGUGCUUUUCCGGAAGAAUUGCCCAACUAAAGGAAUAGGAUCCUUGUAACGAAACAGCGAUCCAGACUUAAAAAAAACUUUCCGAAACAAGUUGGAGUCCUGGGGGAGUGUAUCAAGCAAAGAAAUACUACGUCAUACAUCCAAGUCGUUUUUAACAAGUUGACCAUGUUAAGCAUGAGCAUGAGAAUAUAUUUAAAAUAUACAGUAUAUAUGUGCUUAAUAUUGCUAUUUAUCAGAGGUGUUGGUAUAUUGUUAAGAAACCUUUUUCAUUUGGCUUCCUUGCAGUCACUGUGUUUAGUAAUAGUGUGGCUAUCAUAGCUUGUUUAUUUUUUAAGUAGAUUUCUAGUGUUUUUAUAUGAUUUAUUUUCAUUGCAAAGAUUCAGACAUUUAACAAAUGGUCAAUGGCUGACAAAUAUUAGGAAUUUUUUGUCAUAUUGCCCAGCCCUGAUGUGCUUAAAAAAUGCUGAGAAAGUCUGUUGAACUGAUGUUAAACGUAGUGUUGUGUGGCACCCACUUUUUUUUGUGGUGGACAUUCACAUUAAAUUUAAGCCACACGCUGAUGUGAUUCAGAAAUCAGUCACAUCACAGCGUAAACACAAAUCUCUGAACUUCUGCCGUCACCGGUCUCUGAGAAAUUUUACUGUGACUCGGAUCAGAAAAGAAAAGAAAUCAACCAUCUGCUCAACCCAGAAUCUCACAAAUACAGCUGUGGAAAAGAUUAAUUUGAAAUUUAUUUUUUGUUUUUUCUGAAUUGACUAUUUAUAGGUAUGCGUUUAGAUAAAAUGAUCAUUUUUGUUUGAACAAUUUAUCUCCCAAAUUUCAAAUAAAAAUAUUUGCAUUUCUUUGCAGAAAAUGAAAACUGGAGAAACAGGUGAAAAUAACAGAAGAGCUGCUCUGUAUUUUUUUAAGACCUCAAACACUGUAAAAAAAAAGAUUGGUUCAACUUAAAAAAAUGAAAAGUAAAAAAAAUAACCUGGUUGCCUUAAAAUGUUGAGUUAAGUCAACUUAAAAAUAUUAAUCAACUCAACGAGUUCAGUCAAGUCAACUAGAUAUUUGUUGAGUUACUAAUAUUUUUAAGUUGAAUUAACUAAAAAUUUUAAGGCAAGCAGGUUGUUUUUUUUACAGUGAAAUAUGUUCAGAUUCACUUUUAAGCAAUACAACAUUCAUAUUUCUACAUGAAAAGAUCAAAAAAUAUUUAUUUGAUUUUGAUGCAAUUCAACAGACACUGGACUGGACUGACCACACAUCUAGAAAUGAUGAUUAAAUUAACAUUUGGAAUGGUCUCUUAAUUUUUUCCGCGGCUGUAUAUUUUUGUCAGCACAUUAUCAUCUUCAGAGACACAGAUGUCUGAGUGUUUUAAUGCGGCACACUUAAGAAACUUGAAGGAAGUUCAGAGGCUGAAAUGUAACCACAUAAACACAGAGAAGGAUUCAAACAAACUCGAGCAGAAUGUAAUUCAUAAUGCAACACAAGUGUAUGUUAUAUUCUCAGAGUGGCAUUAGAGACUUUACAGCUGAACAUUAGUGAAAUUUCUGCAGUUUUCUCUUUCAGUUCAUGAUGGGGAAUGCUGAUGUUUGCAGUGUUUGUGUUCUGGCCUUUUGACAUUGAUUAAAUCACUGUUUUUGUGUGUUUUUGCUUUGCAUUAUGCAGUAGAGGAUGUUCUAAACUCUGCAUUGUGUCGCAGCACAUUUUCAAUAAGCUCAACUUUGUCACAUCUGCAGUGGUCAACCUCUCAAAACACUCUCAUGAAAAUUAAUUUCACAGAAUCGCUGUGUGUUCUAUCUAUUCAGCAAAACCGCAUGGAUGUGCAUGUCAGGAGACAGUUCUGUAUCGUCAUUCUACUCUGAUUUGAGCUCAGUAUCCAAUAAUGUUUCUUAUGACUGUAUUUCUUUGGAUUUAUCCUCCAUUUUGUGUCAUUCUUGCAACUAAUGAUGAAAAAUAAAGA